UUACAUAAAUUUUCCAACCCCCUCUCCUCCAGCAUCUCUGCUUGUCUCUCUAUUUCUUUAUUGUUUCUCUGUGGCGGGAAGUAUCAGAUCCCGAGGCCGUGAAUUUACCACGAUGUUCCUCGCUCCUUCAACUUCACCCUCCACACGCACGCCUUCCAAGCCAAGCAAUUCUUUCUCCGCGCCUGGAUUUCACAAAUUCGGUGGUUUUUGUUUGUAUUACACGGAUUAAUUCCGUUUGGUUUCUCUGUUUUUGCACUUGGAUAUGAAGUUCGGAGGUGAUUGCUUUGUUUCUCCAUGGAAUCUCCCCGGUCUAGGUCCUUAAUUCGGUUUCUGUGUGUUUGUAUGAUGCAUAAGCAUGCGUUGGGUGCAUUUAUGCAGCUGCUUUUUAGUUUCUGUGUCGUUUAUGAGCGCUGUAUUCGCUGGUAAUUUGGGAAUCAAACGUGAUGCUGAUGGGGAAUGCUGAUGAUGCGCGAUGCCUGUUUCCUCUCACCAAUUUGCAAAUCGGAGACUUGCAGUCUUAUCUCUCUGAUCUGAGCCUCUUCUUGGCGUUUGAGAGUAAAAAAAUAUAUAUCUUGGUGGAUAAUCGGCCAUGGUUGAGAGAACUUGGUGCAAGGCCAGCUUGCUUGUGGCAGCUGAUGGUUACAAAGUCGAGGCUGUCUCCUUUUGCAAACUCCAAAGCGCGAAGGGGUAGAAAUAGUGAACGGGGGCCUUAUCAGAGACCCAAAAUUACUAAACCAAAGAAGUUUCUGCGGUGGUUCCCAUUGAUCAAUGCAGUAACACUGUCUCGAAAGAGACUUCUGCUUCCUGUGAUUCCUGUGAAGAACCUUCGAAAGUCAUUUUUUCUAAACAGUGAAUUGCAUAGGACGUUGUAUGGUUUUAUAGUUUUUGAAGUUUCAUGGGACAAUGUCAGAGGUUUAAACUAUUUUAAUGAGCUUCAGACAGAUACAUCUGUGGCCAUAGAGGCUAAAUAUAUGCAAAGAUGGGAAUUUGAUUGCAUAUCUCAAGCUACAGGGUGCAUAUCUUCUUGGUUCUCGGGUUCACACUCGGAUCAACUGCUGUUGAAGAAUUAUUUGGAUUCGAUCACAGGAGAGAUUUUCUAUGAUGCUGAAGAAGUUUUCCACGAUGUUGAAGACAAUUACCUCAAUGGAAUUCCCAUUGUCGAAGACGAGAUUAUCUCCUUUAAAAACUUAUACAUUAGUAAUGAUUUUCUAGAGUGCACUGAUGAUGAAUUGAACUUACAUUCUACCACUCCAGGAGACAGCAUGAAUACACCCCCGACACCUCCUCCUACUGGUCCUAAUAAGAGAAGAAAAGUAACAAAAUCUAUUGGCCCAAAGAAUUUAGAAUAUACCUUCUUGGAAGAGAGGAAAAAUAAAAUUAAUGAUUCACCCAGUGUCUCAGAGAUUUACGCAGCUGAUUGUCAAGAUGUAGUCGAGGCUACACAAUACAAAGAUGUAUUGAUUUUGUUUAGAUUCGAUGAUCGCGACCUUCCAUUUAAAUUAAAGCAAAUAAUUAUGUCUGAUCUACGGUUGCUCACUUUGUUGGAAGCUGGUCUUCCAUCUUGGGUCCUCUUCCUUCAAUCUUAUCCUGUGUUCUGUCAUGUCUAUCGGCCUUGGAUGUGCCUUUUUGCAAGAGCUUUAUAUGUGCUCGUAUCAGUUGUCACUGUUCUCAUAGGAUUCUAUGAUUUAUACAAAAAUGUCCCACUUUUGAAGGCAGCAGCAUCUCGUUUGUGUGGACCCCUUUUUGAUUGGAUAGAGGAUUGGGAGAUGUUAUCAAGAAUCAAAUACUUGGGAACAAUGUUAUUCUUACAUAAUUUUGAGAAAGCUAUUACGUGGUUUCUUACUCUUUCUCGUACCAUACGAUCUUUUCUUUCACUGUUGGCCCAACCAUUGGCAAGUCCUAUCAUUGAACUUCUUGGAUUCCUUCUUCCUGUUGGUAAUACUUUUAUCGAAGUUGUCGGGAACUUCUUUUCGGUGAUCUGGGAUGUGAUUGAAUUUUGUGGCAGUCUCGUUGUUGACUUAGUUGAGUUGUUGAUCUUACCAAUAUGGUUAAUUUUCUCAACAGUCUGGAGAUGUGUUACAAUGGUUUUGCUUCCUGUAUUAUGGAUGGUUUCAGAAAUACUAUAUGCUCCAAUCAGAGUUGUCCUCUCAUUAGCUAGUUUCCUAGCUUAUGUAUGCACAUGCAUUUACGAAAUGUUCGGAGAUAUGCGACGUUUUUUCAGUAGUGUUCUUCAAGUCGCUUCUGUAUCAGAGGUAACAGUCGUCACUUCCGAAGUUUCGGUUUGGCGUACACUUUGGAAUGAUCUCUUCUCCCAGGUUUUUCGAGCUCUUAGAAGUAUAUUACAUGGAUUCGUUGCGUUCUUCACUGCUUGCAACAGACAUCGGCUCAGCAUCUACAAUCAUGUACAGGAAUGUUUUCAAAGAUUAUUUUGUGGAACCAGAGGCUCAGAGGAGGAAACAAGCAGCAGUAGACGCAUAUAUAUGCCUCAAAAUCUGGCUACUGUUUAUGGAAAGUCUAUGGAAAAGCAAAAAGUUCACGCGGAUUAGAACUUUGUUCGGUUAAUCAGAUGAUUAGGAAACGUAAGAGAUAUACCAUACGCUUGUGCAUAUUUUUAGUUAUUUUAGUCGAACAUACGCUCACGAGCAGCACGUCUAGCGUCCGAGGAGGGGGAAGCAUAAUUAUACCAUACGAAGUAGCACUAGUUGUACAGCUUUAUACCUUUGUUCCUUUGUUUUGCUUCUAUUUUCUUCCAUAACCUUCCCUCCAAAUCGAGACGGUUCUAGUUUUCCGUUCGAGAUGACGUAGUGUUGUAAAUCACUGGAUGUAAAUAACAUGUAAAAUUAGUGUACAAAUGUAACGUCCUAUCUCAAAUGUUUUGAUUGAUUGUA